GACUCCUGUACUUGCACCGCUCUCACAUGAAGCCAUGGCUGACUUGCACGUCUACUCUGGAGGCUUUACCUCACGCGAUUCGGAGAAUCAAAAGAAGGCAAACGCGCGACACGUGCUGAUCCCCAACCUCUUGGCUGUGGCCAAGGCCAUGAAGAAGCCGCUUCCGGAGCUGGCCACGCCCUGCGGCCUCUUCGCCGUCUUCGAGGGUCAGCCGCUGGCGUCGGAACACUGUGCGAAGACCUUGCACCUGCAGCUCUUGCAGCACCUCUCCAAAGUUGAGGGGAAGGUCACAGAGCUGGUGCUGAAGCGGUGCCUCCGAGGGGCGCUGGUGGCGCUGGAUGUGGAAGUGCAGGAGCGCCUCCCGGGCCAGACCGGCUGCUCGGCUGCCGCGAGUUUGUUGGUCGGCGCUCAGCUGCUGGUGGCGGUGGUGGGCGGCGCCUCUGCGGCCAGCUGCCGGGGUCCCGGCGCUGCUGAAGGUCUGAAACCUACGCAGCUAGCUGCACGCGUGAAGCGCAACCUGGGAGAUGCAGGCGCCGCCGCCCCAAAGCUGGGCGCGACAGGCGGGCAGUUCCUCCAUGCCCAGCUUUCUGGGCAGGUGAAGGGCCGGCCGGGCGCUCAAGCACAAGCCCAGCUGGGCAGCGAAGAUGUGAAGGUACUGUUCAUGAAGGAGCAGCAGCAUGACUGCCUCAUCCUUGGUAGCGGCAGCCUGCUUCGAGGCACAACCCUCGCAGAUGUGCAGGAGGCGGUGAACGGGUGCAGUCCCGGCGAUGCUCUGGCGGUGGCAUCCGCGGUGGGCCAGAAGGCGAAGAGCCGACAGGUUCACAAGAAGACGGACAAGGCCUGCUGGGUGCAGUCUGAGCAGGAAGAGAGCGAGAUCACCUGCUGCGCCGUGCUGGUCACCCGGGAGGAUCUGGCAAAAGCGCCGGCGCAGCAAGUGGCAAAGAAGCAGCGCCUGGCUGCGGAGGUGAAGCCUACGGCGUCUUUGGCCGAAGCGGCUGAGAAGGCCCAAGAAAAGAGAUGGGAGAUCCGUGACCGCAGCGACAACAUGGCGAUAGGGCCCACAGAGCAGAGCGGCCAAGCACCGGAGCUCAUACAAGAGGAAGGCAAAGUGAUCGACAUCAGGGAACUGGAUGGCACGUCGCAGUGGCGCAUGAAGAAUUACGGCACUGCCCACUUCCGAGGCGGUGAAAACUACAAAGGUGGCGAUGAGGAGAAGGGCAAAGGAAAGGGCAAGAAGGGCAAAGGCAAAGGAAAGAAGGGCAAAGGAAAGGGCAAAGGCAAAGGCAAAGGUAAGAAGAAAGGCAAAGACGAAGGCUCGGAUGAGGAGGGCGAGUAUGAGGAAGGCGAGUACGAGGAAGGCGAGUACGAGGAUGAGGGGGACAUCACCGGCGACGAGAAAGAAGCCGGCGAUUGAGCUGUGGACGAAAAGCGGUCCGUGCCCGGCAUGAGCGGUUUGUUCAGUUGCAGUAAGUGACGA